AUGCGUGGGGGAUCCCAGCAGGUGGUGGUGAGGAUGCACCAUGCGAGUAGGGUUCGAGGCCUGGAGACUCAACUGGUGUGGGCCAUCUCCAAGGAGACACACAGACUUAGUCCAGAGGGCAUCCCCUACUGUGCCACCAAGGUUCAGUCCAUCUCUUGGAUCCAGUAUGUGGCUGGCAGGGUGACCCAGUAUGCGUCUCACCUCCGCCACGAGACCAAACUGAUGUCUCGGUGGUGUACGCCACUCUCCACAUGGGGCUGGAUGGGCUGCUCUCCUCCCUCGGCGUGGUCGGAGGCUGCCUCCGUCUCUACGCCCACCACUCAGCAGUUCACUGAGCCAGAGCCUGAGGGCCACAACUGCUAUGAGGGCUGGGAGGAGGACCUGCUGCCUGAGGAGAGGGAGGUUCCUCUGCUAAACCUCUAUCUUACCACCAAGAGAGUGGAGGACAUCGGCCUGAGGCUCGUCUCCCUGCGCCAGGCCUUUACUACCCUGCUCGGUUCCACCCUGAGCAGGAACCAUCUGUUUGUGGCGGGAAAGGUCCUACUGGGCGCACUGGUUCAGGUCCACCAGAUGGACGAGGCCGAAUUCAUCCGUGCCUAUAACGACUUUGUGGACUACCUGAGUGACCCCUCCAAGCAGAUUGACAUUGAGAGGGGAGCUGGCUGA